AUGGCUUUCCGCGGGACUGAGAGUCCAAUGGAUUUCGAAUGGCAGGGUCAUGGCCCCAUUGAUCCUAGUUCCCCCUUCCACCGACGUAUGAUCGACAUGCAGGCAAAGAAACGCACGCAUACCGACUUCAUGUCGCCCCAAAAAACCUCAUUUCCCGCCCUCCGUGAACCCAACAACCAGCCGUUCUUCUUCUCCGAUGCCCCAGCACCGUCGCCUCAACCAGCGCCAUUUCGCACGCCAUCGUUUACAACGCCCCGAAAACCCUUCGACAUUGAUUUCUCAUCCCCUCCAGAUACUUCAUCUCCGUUGGGACAAACAGAGAACGAGGAGACGCCCGACGCGAAACCAUUACCCCCCCUGCCAAUUGAGUUCACGAGCAGUACUGCGAAAUCGGAGAAGAAGCGGAGUUCGUUAUCUGGUCUCUUUGGCAAAUUUGCUGCAAGUCCAGGGCGAGGCGAGAUCAGAAAGCCCAACGGCGAUGCCAUUGCGCGACGGGUACACAAGAAGCGGCGGCGCGCCCAGAAGUUUGACCGAUCGUUGAUACUCAGCAGGAAUGGCUCCCUGGACGAUAGUGACGAUGAAAGCAGCGCGAGUCCGACUGAGGCAGCACCAAGGAGGAAAGCCGUGGAAGAAGUAGGAUGGAUGACUGGGCUGUUCACCUUCAUCCACACCUAUCCUGACGCGCCCUCUAUCAUUGCGAAAUAUCUCCAGGUCUUCUUCAACGCUGCAAUCCUGAGCGGGUGCUUAUACGUGUUCUGGUCGUUCUAUGCUACUAUCCAAGCUGAUGUUGAUCGAGCAAGCGAAGAUACCAUGGCUGAAGUGCUGGCGGAAAUGGCGCAAUGCUCCAAGAACUACAUCGAGAACCGUUGUGGUGCCGACACCCGUCUACCCGCACUCGAGGUUGUGUGCAGCAAUUGGGAGUUAUGCAUGAACCGUGACCCCAGCGCAGUCAAGCGAGCGCGGCUGAGCGCCCACACAUUCGCCGAGAUCUUCAACAGCUUCGUCGAGCCCAUCAGCCUGAAAACUAUGGUCUUCACCAUCACACUGGUCGUGGUGGGGUUGGUGGUCAAUAAUGCUACAUUCUCCUUGUAUCGCCGACAACAGGAAAGUCACUAUGCAGGCAUGUAUCGACCACCUUCUGCCUCAUAUAUGCAUCUUCAACAUCCCGGUCCUUUUACGUUGCCGCCAUCUACUCCAUUGACACAGCCGCGUUACGUGGGAUGGCCGGGUGACCGAGGCUUUGGCGGUCAGCAGCAGUUGGAGUACAGCCGAAGCCCAAGCAAGGAGCAUCGAUCACGGAGUAGAAGUCCAGAGAAGAAGAGGAUCCAGCUCUGA